UCGUAAGGCAACAAGGCAGCCAGGCUUAUCGAUAACCAGCAAAGUCCUCAAGCUAUAACAAUCCUACUUCUCGCUACAUACGACAACACUUGUUCUUUCUUUCACAAUCACUUCCAAUCUACCGCAGAACCAGCCAGCCACAACAAGACAAGCAAGACAGACAGACAGACAGACAGACAGACAGAAAAUGUCCUCCUCCCCAACGCUACCACCAGAACACCACGACCCCCCCUCCGUCUCGACCUCUCCCCCAAAAGACCAAGAACAAGAACCCCAAGAAUCCUCCCCCCCGCAGCAGAACAAACUCGCAAUCCGAACCCACCACUGUCGGUUCUGCAACCAUCUCCUCCUCGCCACGACACGACGCAUCGCCGCCCUCCCACGAAGAAAACCCCCCGCCAGGGACUCGGCGCUGGUUCUACCGUUGUUUUCUACCCCUGUACCUGCUUCUGCAACUGCUUCUACAACUACAACUACAACUGCCUCUAGGGCUAGUGCUAGUGCUAGUGCUAGUGCUAGUGCUACUGCCCCAGAAGACAACGACAACGACAACGACAAGGACAACGACAUGGAAAAUGAAAAUGAAAAUGAAAAUGAAAAUGAAAACAAGCAACCCCACUACACGAUUCUCCUCUCCACCACCGUCGUAGAUCGCAAACCGACCCUGCUCCGCCGCGAGGACGGAUUCGAGAAACGGUGCUUGCUGCGGUGUGGUCGGUGCCGAGUGGUGAUAGGGUAUUUUCUGGACGCGGUGCAUUUUCCGGCGACUGCGGAGACAGAUGCAGAUGCAGGUGCUGGAUCUGGGAUUGGGAUUGGGAUUGCAGGGGGAGAAAAAGAAGAAAAAGAAGAAGAAGAAGAAGAAGAUGCACGGGGAAUGAAGAAGGAGCGGGUCGUGUAUUUGCUUCCCGGGGCUUUGGUUGAAACGGCUACGAUGUGUGAUGUGGAGGAGGAGGAGAAGAGGAGGAUUCUGGAUCGCGAGUGGAAUGGCUGGUUUACGGAGUAGAGUAGAGUAGAGUAGAGUAGAAUGAAGAGAGCAGAAUUGAUUAAUGGAAACUAACUAGACGUGGAAUCGUGACAUUC